AUGAGAUAUUUAGCCAGAUUGUUAAACCUGCCCUUAAAAAAUGGACAUUUAGGCCCACUUACUAGGGAGGUACUUAGAACCUCCUACAACUCUUCGUUACAAGUGUACUUGCCAAAUACCAGGCAUCAGCAUUAUGAAUCUAAAUCACAAGAAAACGAACUAUCUAAAUACCUUAAAGCCAGAAUCCGUGCCACAGGUCCUAUCACUGUUGCAGAAUAUAUGAAAACUGUCCUCACACACCCAAGUGCUGGUUACUAUAUGCAUCGAGAUGUAUUUGGUGUAGAAGGUGAUUUUAUCACAGCUCCUGAAAUCAGUCAGCUAUUUGGAGAGCUUCUUGGUGUUUGGUGUGUAAAUGAGUGGAUACAAUGUGGAAAACCACCAAAAAUUCAAGUAGUCGAAUUUGGUCCAGGCCGUGGCACUCUAGCAUAUGAUUUAUUAAGGGUAUUUUCUCAGUUUCCUGCUAUGAGAGAUGCUGUUUCCUUGCAUCUGGUGGAAGUUAGUAACAAGAUGAGUGAAAUGCAAUACCAGAAACUUGUUGGUCACACUCUAUUCCAGGAAUGUAACAACAAUAGCUUUAUGGCCAAUGCUGUAGUCAAAGAACCUGAAUCUUACAACCAUUGCAUCAGCAAAUUCAAUAUUCCAGUCAAUUGGUACCACAAGGUGGAGGAUGUCCCACAAGAAUUUUCUUGUUUCAUAGCACAUGAGUUCUUUGAUGCUCUUCCUAUUCAUAAGUUCCAGAAAACAGAACAAGGUUGGUGUGAAGUAUUUAUAGAUAUUGAUGAUAACCCAGCUUCCAUCAAUGACUUCAAGUUUACAUUGUCCAAGUCUCUGACUCCAGCUCUAGUCUGCUUUAAUAUUGACAAGAAUGACCCAAGAGAGCACAUAGAAGUUAGCCUUGAAUCUGGUGCCAUAAUUGAAAGAAUAUCUCACAGAAUCACAGAAAAUGGAGGUUUUGCUUUAAUUACUGACUAUGGGCAUCAGGGAGAGAAGACUGAUACAUUGCGGGGUUUCCACAAACAUACAGUGCUUGAUAAUGUUCUGAGUGAACCUGGAAGUUCUGACUUGACUGCCGAUGUCGAUUUCAAAUAUUUAUCUAAAAUGGCUGGAGACAAAGUGAAUGUAUUUGGACCUAUAAGCCAAGCUGAAUUUCUUAAUAACAUGGGAAUUGCAAUCAGAUUACAGGUUCUUCUUCAGAAAGUACAGAAGCAGCAACGCAAGGACCUGAUAUCUGGCUACAAAAUGUUGACCGAGGCAACUCAAAUGGGACAAAGAUACAAGUUUUUAUCUUUCAUGCAAAAAAAGAAAGAAUCAGAAUACAAACCAGCUGGAUUUGUCAAUCUAAAUAUUUAG